AUUCAUUCUUUCUUUCACACUUCAUCGAUUUACGCUCCCUUCCAUUUGUUUUUGUCCCUAUAGACGCGGUGGUGAUCGGUUCUAGGGUUCUCAGUUCGCCGGAGAGGGAGAAGAGAAGGCUAUCAUGGGGCAACAGUCAUUGAUCUACAGUUUUGUUGCGAGAGGGACGGUUAUUCUCUCUGAGUUCACGGAAUUCACCGGUAAUUUCACCAACAUCGCUGCUCAGUGUCUCCAGAAGCUUCCUGCUACCAAUAACAAGUUCACCUACGCAUGCGAUGGACACACGUUUAACUAUCUCGUUGAAGAUGGAUUUACAUACUGCGUGGUUGCCAUCGAGGCUGUUGGUCGUCAGAUUCCAAUGGCUUUUCUGGAGAGAAUCAAGGAUGAAUUCACCAAGAAAUACAGUGGAGGGAAAGCUGCAACAGCUGUACCCAAUAGCUUGAACAAAGAAUUCGGUCCCAAGCUGAAGGAGCAGAUGCAGUAUUGUGUGGAUCAUCCAGAAGAGAUCAGCAAGCUUUCAAAAGUCAAGGCCCAGGUUUCGGAAGUCAAAGGUGUCAUGAUGGAUAACAUUGAGAAGGUUCUUGACCGAGGGGAGAAGAUUGAGCUUUUGGUUGACAAAACAGAGAGCCUUCAUUCUCAGGCACAAGGGUUUAGGACGCAGGGUACGCAAUUAAGAAGAAAAAUGUGGUUGAAGAAUAUGAAGAUUAAACUCAUAGUUUUAGCAAUCAUUAUUGCACUGGUUUUUAUUAUACUUUUUUCAGCUUGUCAUGGCGUCAAAUGUUUCAAGUGAACAAGGUAUACUUACGUACUAUACACAUCUUGACUUGUUAUGUUCAUUUUUUACAAGCUUAUUGUAUUGUGAGACAAUGCUUGUAUACCAUGUACCUUAAAAAGUAAUUUUGAUAUCUAUAUAUAUUAGGCAAUAAUUUGAUAGCAGGUGCC